AAGUACUUUUUUUUCCCCUCUAGGGUUUCGUUGGUCAUCGAGGUGACAUACAUUAUAUGUUUGUUUGUGCUGUGGAGGAGAGCAAAGGAAAGGGGGGAGAAAAAGUUGAAAGACCCGAUUGGCAAGUUGGUUGUAUUGAAACAGCCAUUAUUCUGAAAGCAAGUUCUUCAGGUGUAGCUCAGAAACUAAGUUGCUGUCCUGAAAACCUGGAAGAGGACAUUUUAACUUGGAGGAAGUCGAUUAAGGGAAACCCACGGCGAUGAGUACUGACGGGCUCUCCAGCUUUAGUGAAGAUGACCGAGGCGAUGAUGAUGUGGUGCCGUACAGCGACGAUGAGACAGACAAUGAACUGGAUAGUUCCACUGAAAGGUUGGACGACAUUGAGCAGAGCCAAAUCAACGAGCAGCCUGAUGAUCAGCGGCAAGCAAAAAAUGAGUGCACGUGGAAAGUCAAAGCAAAUGACAGAAACUUCUAUAGUCAGUUUAUUGUCACGAAAUAUGGCUGCUAUAAGACAAGCAAGUACUCGGGGAAUGCUAUUCGAACGUACAAAUACAACUUAAUUACCUUUUUGCCACUUAAUUUGAUGGAGCAAUUCAAAAGAGCAGCCAAUGCUUAUUUUCUGAUUCUUCUCAUUCUGCAAGCUAUUCCACAGAUCUCCACCUUGGCCUGGUACACUACAUUUGUUCCUCUCCUGGUGGUGUUGGGAAUAACAGCAAUCAAGGAUCUUGUUGAUGAUAUUGCAAGACAUAAGAUGGACAAAAUGAUCAAUAAUCGCUUGUGUGAUGUCCUACAGGAUGGCAGGUUUAAAUCAUCAAAAUGGAAGAACAUCAAAGUUGGAGAUAUUGUUCGAUUGAAGAGGGAUGACUUUAUUCCAGCUGAUAUACUACUCCUGUCCAGUUCAGAGCCCAACAGUUUGUGUUACGUAGAAACAGCUGAACUUGAUGGUGAAACUAAUCUGAAGUUUAAAAUGUCAUUGGAAGUUACAGACAGACUGAUGAAGACAGAGAAGGAGUUGGAAACAUUUGAUGGCUUAAUUGAUUGUGAAGAGCCAAAUAAUCGUCUGGACAAGUUUAUUGGCACUAUGUACUGGAGGAACCAAAGUUAUCCUUUGGAUGCAAACUCAAUCCUCUUACGUGGCUGUACAGUCCGCAACACAGAAACAACCCAUGGAAUUGUAAUAUUUGCAGGUGCAGACACCAAAAUCAUGAGGAAUAGUGGAAAAACCAGCUUCAAGAGGACAAAAAUUGAUCAACUGAUGAAUUACAUGGUUUACAUGAUCUUCAUGUUGCUGAUUCUCUUUUCAACUGGUCUUGCCAUUGGCCAUACGUUCUGGCAAAGCGAAAUUGGCAAUUUCAGCCGCUCGUGGUACCUCGAUGAUGGGAUAAAUGACCCACCUACUUACAGAGGUUUCAUUGCCUUUUGGGGUUAUAUAAUUGUUAUGAACACUAUGGUACCCAUCUCACUUUAUGUAAGUGUUGAAGUAAUCCGCAUGGGUCAAAGCUACUUGAUAAACUGGGAUCUCCAGAUGUAUUAUGCUGAAAAGGAUACUCCAGCCAAAGCCCGUACAUCCACAUUGACUGAACAACUUGGACAGAUAGAGUACAUCUUCUCUGAUAAGACGGGAACUCUUACCCAGAACAUCAUGGCAUUUAAGAAGUGUAGUAUCAACGGCACAUCAUAUGGCGAUUUGUGUAAUGCUGCAGGAGACAAAACUGACAAAGUAGAGCUGGUGGACUUCAGUUGGAACAGCUAUGCUGAUGGAAACCUCAUAUUUUAUGACCAUUAUUUGCCUCAACUUAUCCGUUCAGAAAAAGAUCCAUCAACAGGAGAAUUCUUUAAACUGCUUGCCCUCUGUCACACAGUGAUGGUGGAAGAGGAUAAUGGGCAAAUUGUAUAUCAAGCAGCUUCUCCAGAUGAAGGGGCCCUUGUUACAGCUGCCAGGAAUUUUGGAUAUGCCUUCCUUUCACGUACGCAAAAUACCGUCACUAUAAGUGAACUGGGUAUCAAAAGGACAUAUGAAGUGCUCGCCCUCUUGGAUUUCAACAGCGACAGGAAGCGAAUGUCCAUCAUCUUGAGAGACCCAGAAGGUAAAAUCAAACUCUACUGUAAAGGUGCUGAUACAAUGAUCUAUGAGAGGUUACAUCCAAACAACCCAAUCAAAGAUUCUACAGACGAAGAUUUGAAGGUAUUUGCAGAUGAGACACUCAGAACUUUGUGCCUUUCAUACAAAGACAUCAGUGAAGGGGAAUUUACAAAAUGGAAUAUCAGGUUUCAAGCAGCCAGCGUUUCCACAAGCAACCGUGAUGCAGCACUCGACAAAGUUUAUGAAGAAAUUGAGAAAAAUUUGAUGCUUCUCGGAGCAACAGCAAUAGAGGAUAAACUGCAAGAUGGUGUUCCCGAGACCAUUGCAACUCUAAAAAAAGGAGAAAUUAAAAUUUGGGUUUUAACAGGUGACAAAAAAGAAACUGCUGAAAACAUUGGUUUUUCCUGUCAAUUGCUUACUAAUGAAAUGACCCUUUAUGAUGGAGAGGAAAUUAAUACCAUGCUCACGAAAAUGCAAGGAACAGAUUUGACCCCCAGAGAGCCCACACAAAAUAUCUUCAAAAGUGAUGAAAACCCUGCAAUGAUAAUCACUGGCUCUUGGUUGAAUGAAAUACUCAAAGAAAAGAAAAGAAGAAAAAAGAAAUGGUUCAAGCGACCGAAAACUGAGAGUGAGAAGAAGAUGCAAAUGGAAAAGAAUCAAAUCAAUGAAGCUGCUAAAGAAAUAAGGCAGAAAGAUUUUGUAGAUUUGGCCUGUCAGUGUUCUGCUGUAAUCUGCUGCCGCGUCACCCCCAAACAGAAAGCCAUGGUCGUGAGCUUAGUGAAAAAAUAUAAGAAAGCAAUUACCCUGGCAAUUGGAGAUGGAGCGAAUGAUGUUAACAUGAUUAAAACUGCUCAUAUUGGCGUAGGGAUCAGUGGCCAAGAAGGCAUGCAGGCAGUCAUGUCAAGUGACUAUGCUUUUGGGCAAUUUCGUUUCCUGCAGCGUCUGCUCCUGGUUCAUGGGAGGUGGUCAUACAUCCGGAUGUGCAAGUUUUUAAAAUACUUCUUCUACAAAAACUUUGCAUUUACUUUAGUUCACUUUUGGUAUUCCUUCUUCAAUGGAUUUUCUGCACAGACUGCAUAUGAAAACUGGUUCAUCACCCUUUACAAUGUCCUAUACAGCAGUCUUCCAGUUUUGGUUGUUGGGGUGCUUGAUCAGGAUGUUACAGAUAAAUUGAGUCUUCGGUUUCCAAAGCUUUAUAUACCAGGGCAAAAAGGCUCUUACUUCAAUUUUACGAAGUUCUUUCUCAGCUUAUUUCAUGGCAUUAUUGUGUCUAUGAUCAUUUUCUUUGUACCAUAUGGAGCCUUCCUUCAAACAAUGGGUCAGGAUGGUGAGGCACCGACAGAUUAUCAGUCAUUUGCAGUCACCACAGCCUCCUCUCUAAUCAUAGCUGUUAAUUUCCAGAUUGCCCUGGACACUUCUUACUGGACAUUUGUCAAUGCCUUUUCAGUUCUUGGAAGUAUCGUUUUAUAUUUUGCAAUCAUGUUUGAUCUUCACAGUGCAGGAAUCCACAUCCUUUUCCCAUCAGGUUUUACUUUUACUGGUGCUGCUCCCAAUGCCCUUCGACAGCCAUAUCUAUGGUUGACUAUCAUUUUAACUGUAGCAAUCUGUCUUCUUCCUGUUGUGGCCAUCCGCUUCAUGUCUCGGGUAAUUAACCCGUCAGAAACCGAUAAAAUACAAAUGAACCGCAAAAAGUACGAGAUCGAACUCUUGCCCGAACCAGGUCGGCCAAGUACUUUCCGUCGGAAUGCAUCUGUUCGUCGAUCAACCUAUGCGUUUUCACAUCAGCGAGGGUAUGCUGACUUAAUUUCUUCUGGUCGCAGCAUCCACAAGAAAGGACAACGCUCUAGACCACGUAUCAUAACUCAGACAGAGGAGACGGCUGGUGCCAAUACAAGCUGAAGACAUCACUCCAUUUGACUUCUUGACAUUUUUUAUUGAAAAAAAAAUUACAGAGAGGAAAACUUUUUUUUAAAUCUCAGGAUCAAGUGGAGGAAGUUUCCAACACGUUCAAUAUACUGUAUGACUUUCCAUGUUGUGAGAUCUGCAAUCCUUCCAAUUUGCACAAAAGAAAGACAAGGAAAUCUAUUCUGCAGGGGCCAACUAAUAUAUUUAAAAUGUAAAGAAGAGAUUAUCUGUUUUCCAAGCUUAAUCUCCUGUUGCUACGUGGCAACAUUUUAUGAAUUUUCAUUUAUGAGACUGUUGUGAAUAAUACAAAAAGAACAGAAUUUUGUUUUAUUGAUUUGCAGAAACUACCUGAGCAACUGGUGUUUUUCAUGUUAACAUUUAUGUAGAUUUAUGUUCUUUACUCAAUUUUAUUAGCAUUUGUGAAUUACCAAAUGUUUCACCUACAAUGCCUUACCAAAUAUGAUAGAAUUUUAUUAAAAAUGGAAUUCUAUAUUUCCAUUAUUCAAACUCUGAAAUCCAGAUGUGAAGUAACAUUUAAAAUCUGCACUGCCAUUUUUAUUUUCUGAGCUUCUUAACUUUUUUUCAAAGAUAAUUAAAUAUUUAGCAUAAAUGUUCUUCAUUUUUAAACCAUUAUUUGCCUUGAAGCGUUAGAUAAUAUGCUUGUAUAUUUUCAGGAUUAUUUUCUGUACUAAAUAAGGACAAUUAAACAUGUAAGAUUCAGUUA